AUGAAUAUAGAGGAACAGAUCUUCAUUCCAGCAAGGGACCACCUACGGGUAAAACAAGAUGAGAGGGAAACGGUAAUUCGAUCAUGUCGAGAAAUAACAAGUUACUCAAAAAAGGCAAUAUUUACACUACAUCGAUCAGUCCUGGAUGACGUUGUCACCAAAGAAUUGACUCAAUAUUUGACAGUAAUCAGUGAACACCUACGUAAAGUGAACUCCAUAUAUGUGAACAAUUAUUAUUUGCGUGGCUCAAUUCUGGGUGCUGUUGAAGAAUUGAUUGAAUUUUUCACAUUUGGGUACUACAAAAGAACUGGUGGGUUAAUCAAAUAUGAAUUGUUUGUGCAAUUGAUAAAUCUUGUGGCGGACGGGAAUGUUGAUGUAGUUGUGAGAUACUUAUUACAUCCAGAAACAGAACUACCUAAGAAGGAAACCUCCCCAAUUGAGUUUAUUGACAAGUCUGAUUAUAUUAUGGGAUUGUUUGAUUGCACCGGUGAAAUAAUGAGGAUGGUGAUCCUGCAGUCAUCGGACACUUCAGGUGAGUUUCAAAUGACAAAGACAUUGCAAAAUUACAACUUCCUAAAGGACUUGCAUGAACAGUAUAUCAUAUUAACUACAUAUUACCCCGGAAUAUCCAUCCAUCACGGCGCUUUCGACGACUCUUUGAAUCUGAAGGGCAAUUACUCGUUCAAAAAGAAGCUACAAGUCCUUGAAUCAUCACUUAGCAAGAUACAAAACACGCUACUUGAUAUUCUCAUCAGUGAUAAAGAGAUUCUAUAG